AUUGCAUUUUCACAGCACAACACCAUCAUGGACCUGGUGCAAUUUUUUGUUACUUUCUUCAGUUGUUUCUUGUCACUGCUACUGGUUGCUGCUGUGGUCUGGAAAAUCAAGCAAACCUGUUGGGCUUCUCGACGGAGAGAGCAACUUUUGCGAGAGCGGCAGCAGAUGGCCAGCCGUCCUUUUGCUUCUGUGGAUGUAGCACUCGAAAUAGGAGCUGAACAAACAGACUUUCUACGAGGUCCAUUAGAGGGUGCUCCAAAACCAAUUGCCAUUGAGCCAUGCUCAGGAAACAAAGCAGCUGUACUCACUGUGUUUUUAUGCCUGCCAAGAGGAUCACUAGGGGUUCCACCACCUGGUCAAUCAGGGCUGGCAAUUGCAAGUGCACUGAUAGACAUUUCACAACAGAAGCCCUCAGAGUCUAAAGAUAAGAGUUUGGGAAUCAGAAAUCGAAAGCAUCACCUUUCAACCCGUCAAGGGACUUGUGUCUGAGAAAACAAGAAUGCAUUUGUAUAUUCUGGAAUGUUUUAUUCUUCUGCCCCCCAACCUUUUUUUGUUUUAAAGAGCUUCCAUUGAAAGCUAAAAUAUAGCCUCAGUUUUUAUGGAGGCAAUCUCUGGAUGGUGGCAAAGAUGAUGGUAAGAAGUAUCAAGCUUAGAUGAAUUAACAUGUCUUCUUCCCACUGAGCCCCCCAAAGUCCUAAUGGGCAAUGUGAAUAAAUCAGCUGAAUCUGAAGAACAUAUUCUAACAUCAGUACUAAUAUAAAAUAUUUCUCCAUGAUUUUUUUAGUAUCCCUACCAUGAAAAAAAGGAAAAAAUUAUAAAUUGCUUUAUAAUGGGAAAUGAAAUAUAUUAUUGAAAUGUUGAAUAUUUUGAAGGACUCGUUACAUAGUUAGAAGUAAUGGGUUACCAGUGCUUCAGUUUGAUCACUAUUCAGACAAACAUAAUUAAAUCAAACAAGAACUGACAUAAUUAGGGAUAUACUGUAAAUAUUAUCACUGCCAGGUAUGACAAUAGAACUCAAGCUAGAAAUAAAAACAUGUAUUUCAGUGACCCAAAUAUAACAAGGAUAAAAUACAUAUAUUUCAAUAAGUAAAAAAAUUGGCUAAUUAAUAUCAAAAUAUCUUUCAAAAGCAGGGUAAAGUAUAGGAGUUCAGAAUGUGGAAUGCAGCAGAAAGCUUAUUCCUGUAUUCCUUGCCAAACUAAUUCAUCAUAAGAGGAGAAAAUACUAAUCCAUCAACAACGUAUCCACAACCAUUCUUUUUCCCCCUUUUACAAUAGCCAUGUUAAGAAUUGCAAGUUGAGAGUUGAAAAAACCUUACAUUCCUACAUAAAACUGCCUUGAAUUCUGCAUUAAUACUGAUAACACGGAUGGCCCAUGAAAUCCAUGGACUUAAAGCUUGUAGCAGAUUUUAGCCUUAGUAUCCAAUGGGAAAAUCAUUGCCAUAAUCACUACCGAAUAAUGUUGCUCUGACUAUAUUCUCUCCUUUAUUGCCGCUAUUAAAAGUCAUCUCCCCUAUUAGAAGCAAAUAUAUAUUCUUCUCCCUUAAUAAAACAUACAUUGAAAUAUCCAAUGGCCUAUUAACAGUUUUCUUCUUCAAGGCUGCUGGAAUGGUUUUUCAGUAUAGGCUGUUACCAAAUUGCCUAUCAAAAGCUAGAAGGAAACAAUUUUUAGCAUAUCAAUUUCCAUCCUUUUCUUUAUGCAGACCACUACUUCAUCCAAAGUCACCUUAUAAGCUAUGGGAGAGCAAAAUGGUACUUGUAGGCAUCAGAGGAUACAUAUCUUCCUAUAGUGUCCAUAAAACCCCAACAUUAAAUAAAAGUGUUUUUUUU